GUUGAUUUUGGCACAGCAUACAGUGGAUAUGCUUUUUCUGUAAGACCAAAAAAUGAGGAAAUGCCUAAUAUUAGAGUACCCUUCUGGACCCAAGGGACUGGAUUGAAAUCUUCAAAGACUCAUACCUGCAUUUUAUUUAAUCAGCAAGAAAAUGUUGUGUCGUUUGGUUUCGAGGCUAAAAUGAAAUACACCAAGAUGCCUAGCAUUGAAGCGAGAAGACAUUUUUUCUUUGAAAACUUCAAGAUGAAUCUGUUCAACGCAGUACUUCACCGGGACACGGUGAUUCAAACUUGUGAUGGGAAGUCAAUGAGUGCUCUAAAAGUAUUUUCUGAGAGUCUUCGCUUCCUGAAGGACCACGCCCUGAAGAUGAUUGCUCAGCAUACAUCAGGGAAGACAUUUAUUGCCACUGAUGCCACAUGGGUGUUGACUGUGCCAGCCAUCUGGGGUGCUUCAGCCAAACAAUUCAUGAGAGAAGCCGCAAAACAGGCAGGUAUGAUAGAGAAGUUGGACUCCGAAAACCUGAUAAUCGCUCUAGAACCAGAGGCAGCCUCUGUGUGGUGCAAGCAACUCCCGAAGGAAGGCUUCCUUGGGGUAGGACAGCAAGGCAAUGAACUGGAGCAAAGCACUGGGACACAGUACAUUGUUGUGGACUGUGGAGGUGGAACUAUUGACAUCACUGCACAUGAAGUGCGAGAUGGAGGAUAUCUGAAGGAGCUCUACAAGGCCUCUGGGAAUGAUCUAGGUGGCCAGACAGUGGACAGCAAGUUUGAAUCGUUACUUAUUGAGAUAUUCACUGAUGAUAUUUGGGCUGAAUUUCAGAAAAGAGAGCCUGGUGAACUCCUUAAGAGAAAGAUUGAAUUUUCAUUUGUGAAAUGUGGAGAAGAGGAUGAAGAUGAUGAUGAUGCUCUCAUCAGUUUCCCUGUUAGCUUGACGGCAAUAGCAGAAGAACAUGGUCAGCAAAAAAUCUCAGAAUUCUUCAAUUAUGUUGAGGGAGCUGAUUGGCAAAAUGGCUACAUAAAAAUUUCUGCUAGCAAGAUGACAUCUCUUUUUGAGGAAAGCUUAAAAGGUAUAAGCAAUAACAUCAACCAGGUCUUGUCCCACAAAGGCAGUAAUAUUCAGUACAUUCUGCUUGUGGGAGGCUAUGCACAGUGUAAACUACUGCGAAAGCACAUAACAAAGGAGUUCAGUAGAAGAUGUACCAUUCUUUGCCCGGCUGAUCCCCAGACGGCCAUUUUAAAGGGGGCAGUGCUAUUUGGAUUGAAACCCAAAGUCAUAGAAUCACGAGUAAGCACUCGCACAUAUGGCAUUCUUGAGUCUGAACGUUUCAAUCCAUCUAGGCAUAGCAUGAUUAAAGUUCAAUACAAUAAAGACAGGAUUGCAUAUUGCAAUGUUUUCAAAAGACUGAUAAAAGUGGGAGAGUCAAUUGGAUGUGAUGAGGUCAGGGAGCAUUAUCUUACACCAGUAAACAGCGAUCAGAGAGAAAUGAUCUUCCAGUUUUAUUGUACGGAGAAGGAAGACGCCAUUGAGGUGGAUGAGGAUGGAAUGAAGAAUAUCGGCAGCUUCACUGUGCCAAUGCCAGACAUCAGCAAGGGCAUGAAUCGAUGUGUGAGGUUAGAAAUCCAAUUUGGCAAUACAGAGAUGCAGGCCACAGCAACUGACAUGGAGUCAAACAAAACAGAAUCUGUCACACUGGACUUCUUAUGCCACUAAUGUCUACCUCAUUGUUCUCAAGAUAGUACUGAGAGUAUAUAACAAGUUUCACUUGACACUUGGGUUUUUGGGGAAUUCAAUUUGUUGCAACUGAUUAAUUCAUUAAUCAUGCAAUCAUAAUGAUGGGAUGAACUGAAUAUUACUUAAAUGGAAUAAGCAGUGGGAUGACAUAGACAUAGGGUGACCAGACGUCCUCUUUUGCCCGGACAUGUCCUCUUUUUGAAACCUAAAAAUGUGUCCGGGCGGAAUUUCAGAAUCGUCCGGGAUUUUGUUAUUCUAGCCUAACGUGUUUUCACCGAAUUUGCAUUGCUCUCUCUUUCAUUCACAUAGUAGGCUAAUCACGCCCUCCCCCUACAGUUCGCUUUGCAUUGAGUUGAAGUGUAGAGCGUGACCUUAGAGCUACCGUCAUUGGUCAAUAUUCUCGGCCUAAACAUUUAAUUGGUUAUUCACCUCAUCAGCGCACACUUCCUUGUUUACCACUGACACGCGCAAAACUAUCCGGCAUCUUCAGCCAUGCCGAAAUGCAAGUGCAAGUUCACUGACGAAUUGAAACGUAUAAUUUCCAUGUUUUCGUCUCGGUCGAGAUCAAUACGAAGCUGAGUGCCUGACCUGCAAAGCAGGCAGUUUAGGACUGAAAAAUAUCAGCCAUUGGACUUUUCAACUUUAAAAAUGUCUCAUUUUGUGCAAUUAGGUUUUAUUUGUUAUUAUUUUUGUUUUACCAUUGUUGUGACUAUACUUUACAUUGUAUAGCCUACAAAUGUAUAGUUUGUUUUUGCACAUUUAAAACUUUCAACUACAAAAUAGCCUUUUGAGGCCGUGUUUUUCUGUUAGUGUUGGGCCGGCCAAUAAAGCUCAUUAUCAUAUAUCACCAUGUAUGUUGACACAAUUGUAUGAAUGCACGUGUUCAUAGGUGCAGCCUAUGUGACCCAAAUACCCAAAUACCACCCCCACAGCUGAAGUGUCCUCUUUUUUGCCAACUCAAAUCUGGUCACCCUAAUAGACAUCAGGGAUGAAUCUAGGCUAAUUUUAAGUGUAAUUGUACUACCUUUAUCAAGCUCUUUUCCUAAUCAUUGUAAUAGUCAUCUAUAAAUGCUGUCUUGCUUUUUUUAUUAUUAUUUUAUUUUAUUUUAAUUCUUUCAGUCAGCCUUUAUGUAGAGAAAAAUAAUUAAUAUUUUUGUAUGUUUUUGCAGUAAUAUUACCAGGAAUUAUGCAAGUAGCCAUAUAUAUUCAUAUGAGUUUAGGUGAGAUUGUCUGGAAUCUGGCAGCACAAGAAUCGUGAUGGUGAAAGCCUAAACUUGCGAAUGUUGUUGUUUGGGGUCAUCUCGCUCACAUGUGUUUAGAGACAAUUCCAAAGUGUUCCGUGUUCGAAAGCUUCGUAAAUAGACAGCAUGGCAGAGGAACAGAGUAGGCCCUACAUCUAGUGCUUCCGAUGUAGGCCUAGUACUGCAAUUGUAAGUAGGCUACUUCUCUAAAGAAAGGUAGCCUACAUUUAGGCCUACUACAAAAUGCCUGCCUGCCGCAUUCGCGGGCAGGAGUGAGACAUAGCCUAAUAUCACAGCGGGAUUUUGCGGGCGGGAGCGGGACAAAAAAUGGCACAUUAUUGCGGGAGCGAGAUAGCAUGUUAUGGGCGGGAACAGGACUGAAGAAUCUGUCAGACCUCUACCCGAGACCUUAGAGCGUUUGCCGGUGGGACAAGCGAGACUUUCAAAAGUAUAUCAUGGCCCCAGCCGUGGCGCAACUGGCUGGGGCACCUGCACCACACGCCGGCGACACGGGUUCGAUUCCCGCCCCGUGGUCCUUUCCGGAUCCCACCCCGACUCUCUCACCCAUUCGCUUCCUGUCUGUCUCUACUGUCCAGUCAAAAUUAAAGGCACAAAAGCCCAAAAAAUAUACUUAAAAAAAAAAAAAAAAAAGUAUAUCAUAUUUACAGUUUAUAUUGCUCUGCGUUCACCCGCACAUCCAGUACUCGCUUGAAUUACUUGAAAAACCCGGCAUCGCACAGAUAUGCUACGCAUAUCAGAUGAAAGAGGGGAAACAGCUUUCCAUUGAUACCAAAUACAUCGAUCCUUUUGUGUUAUAAAAACAGACGAAGUGACAAACAAAUAAUAAUGUCAUAUAGCUUAGGCUAUCAUUACUCUCGUUUGAUUUAGGCUACUCGUGAAACCGCGAUCAGAAAGAUAUGGCACGCAUGUCAGAUGAAAGAGGAGAGCUUGAACUAUCCUCAGAUACCAAAUGCAACCUUCUAGGUUAUAAAACAGACCAAGUGAAAGUCAAAUAAUAACUUCAUUUAGCUCCACUUACUCCAUGUUUUUGUGUGGCAUAAUAGCUGUGCAUAAAAUGUUAUCAUGUGUUUCUCUAUGGCAAGGCACAUUCAUAAUACGGUUUUGAGAUCCUAGCAAACUCCUGUAUGGUAUCCAAUUCAAGACUCAUAUUGCAUCCAAAUUUGUUUGACAAAUAAACACUUUUUUGCCUUUA